GUACAAGUUCGGGGGCUUGUACUCGGACAUGGACAUCAUCGCACUGCGCCCCCCGGUGGGAGUCACCAACUUCAUCUCCCUCGAGAGUGACGUCUCAUUGGCCAACGGCAUAUACCGCAUGCGGCUCCAGCACCCCAUGCUCCUCAGCGUCAUGCGGCACAUUGCAGCCAACUAUAAUAACCAACUUUAUGCCGCCAACGGGCCGGGUGCCAUGACAGCCGUAGCGCAACAACUUGGAUGUGACCGAACUCCCGUCGGCUUAGAUGAUCUGCUGAACGCCACGAACAACCGAACAUCUCAACCGAUUCAACCUGACCACGCAGAAGAAUGUGACUGGAUUGCUCUUAAACUUCCAGUCUUCUUGCCUGUGCUUUGGAGUCGGACAAAGUAUCUCUUUCAGAGCCCGAAAAAGAAUGAAACUUUCCCGCCCGUGGAAACGCUGUACCCGGAGAGCCUGGGUGUCCAUUACAAUAACUUCCAAACUCGAGCCCUGGAAGUCCAGCCUGGCAGCCUCAUGCAAGUGCUCGCCUCAGGAUAUUGUCCAGUCAUCUUUGGGAAGCAUCCGCUGCUCCGAUGAAUAGUUAGGUCUACUGGUUCAUUAUUGCACUAGGAAAGCCUUCCCACCAAUUUUAAUUUCCGUAAUUGGUAAUGUUUCUUUUGUAAUUCAUGAAUAAAAACCUUACCAUUGAGUCAUGAACAUGAAGAAACGAAGGCCAGGACUGGCGAAAGUUAAAAAUAUUUUUGCUUCAAGGAGGAAUUGUUUCAGUAUUUCAGGCAUUCGUGAUGAAAUCGAAUGGCGGAUGAAAAUAUCUUAGAUGAGAAUUAAAUUCUAGCAAGUAGGGUUCCUUAAAGUUCUAUUACGGUACGUGUGCGGUUGUUCUCAGCUUCUUUAUUCCAGUAUUUGUUUGUGGAAUACCAUUCUCAUUGGGUCUACGUGGUUUAUCGUUUAAGCUUUUAUUAUUCUUCACCCAUCACCUAAGGUGAAAGCCUGUCUAUGGUAAUUUGUUUUUAUUUGUGAUGAUCCUAAUUUGAAUUGACCGCUUCUGUAAUUCGUGUUUUAUUUUUCAACCUUCCUUCUACCCCCGUAGACUGCAGUGGUUGAAGGGAACUGCGCGAGACAGGAAUCAGAACAAACAAUAUCUCCGUGAAGCGGUCGAGGCGUCAU